CAGGGGCGGACUGACCAUUCGAGCUCUCGAGCACUGCCCGAGGGCCUGGGGUCAGUAGGGGGCACCAUGAAAUGCCCCUGGUACCUUUUUUAUAGGCUUUUUUGAGUGUGGGCAAGGACACAGGGGCCCCAUGAUCCCCUAUUGCCCGGGGGCCCCAUGAGUUGUCAGUCCGCCCCUGGAACAGCAUUGCAGCUGUGACAAUGUUUUGACAGGUGGUUAAAGCAUGUUAAUAUUGUCAAUAUUCCCA